AGAAAAGCACAAGAAGAAAUCAGACGAUUAAUUGGAGACAAAACAAAAGUAUCUGAAAGAGAUAUUAACAAGCUUGAAUACCUAAAGAUGGUGGUGAAGGAAACACUGAGAUUGCACCCACCAGGAACACUACUAAUUACGAGAGAAACCAUGUCACAAUUUAGCAUCAAUGGCUAUGAAAUUUAUCCCAAAACUCGAGUCCAUGUCAAUGUAUGGGCAAUUGGAAGAGAUCCAAAAACUUGGAAAAAUCCCGAAGAAUUCUUUCCAGAGAGAUUUAUUGAUAACUCCAUUGAUUUUAGAGGGCAAAAUUAUGAAUUUUUACCAUUUGGUGGUGGCAGGAGAGUCUGUCCUGGUAUAACUAUGGCAUUGUCUUUGGUGGAGAUUGCGCUUGCAAACCUUUUGUUUUGCUUUGAUUGGAAGUUACCUGGCAAUAUGAAGGAGGCAGACAUUAAUAUGGAAGAGGCAUCUGGUUCUGGGCAUCUGGUUCUGGCCUUACUACUCAUAAGAAAGAAGCUUUAUUGCUUGUACUAAUUAAAUAUGAACUUGCAUGAAAAAGAAUAAAUGUCUCAAAUAGCCUGCUAUGUUUAAUAUAAUGUUAGUACGCAUGUGCUUAGUAGUCUUCUUAUUGGUUUAUUUCACUGUUUAAAUCA